AUGGACGAUUCCGCAAAAUCCAGCGCUGGUAAAACUAAACUCCUCAAUCCAUGGAUGCUCCACUUCCAGAAACUCGCUCUCGAACUCAAGUGCCCUCUCUGUUCAUGCUUAGCUGACUGCAUAACGGCUGGUUCUGAAUGUGCUGUUUGUAACGCAAAAUACGGACAAACAGGUGAUGAGAGGGUUUUGGAGCCAGGCCAGGUGAUUCUUAAUUCAACUUCUAGCACUAUAAAAGCUGGCAAGAUUCCUCAGAAUUUGCCUAAUAUGAAUAAGGUUGGGGUUGGCAAGAAUCACAAAUCCAAGAUUGCAGUGCUUGAUAGAGCUGAAGAGCUUGAGUUGUCUCGUGGGAGAGGGAAGCCCAAUCCAAUGCAAUCUUCCCAGAUGGAAAUGGAUGUGAAUCAAGUGACACAAUCAGCCCCAGAUAGCCCUCCUUUUUGUGAUACCAAAGGUUCUGAUAAUGACUGCAGCGAUCAAGACAGUGAGCAUCCAUUACUUCCUGAUAGAUUGGGAAAUUCUUCCUUAAAGAGAGCAAGUACAGGAAAUGGAAAUUUCAAGGAGAAAAGGGAACAGUUAAGGUCGGAAAGUUCAGCCUCUGAAACUGAGGGUCUUGAAAGGGAUCCCAAGAGACAGAAAAUUCUCGACCUUAAAUCUGGAAAGGACCCUGGUGCACAAUUGCCCACUAAUGCUCCUAAUGACUUGUGUCCAGCUGGAAGUGUCUGUUCAUUUUGCCAAUCCUCUAAAACCUCUGAGGCUACUGGGCCCAUGCUGCAUUAUGCUGAUGGAAACUUAGUUGCAGGAGAUGCAGCAAUGAAGCCAAAUGUUAUACCUGUGCAUAGGAGUUGCAUUGACUGGGCACCCCAAGUCUACUUUGUCGAUGAGGUAGUAAAGAAUUUGAAGGAAGAAUUGGCAAGGGGAGCAAAACUUAAAUGCAGUAAAUGUAAUCUAAAGGGAGCUGCUCUUGGUUGCUACGUCAAAUCCUGUAGAAGAACUUAUCAUGUUCCUUGUGCAAUGGACAUCUCAACUUGUCGUUGGGAUCAUGAGGAUUUUCUCUUGCUCUGUCCCCUCCAUUCAAAUGUCAAAUUUCCAUGUGAGAAAUCCAGAUCUAAGAAACAGGCAACUCGGAAGCAUCCCACUUUGUCUCAUCCGCCAUCUCACCACUCAAAUACUCUUGAAGCUUCACAGAAUGAUAAUAAAAAAAUGGUUUUCUGUGGAUCUGCUUUAUCAAAUGAAGAAAAGGUACUUUUGAUCAAUUAUGCAAGCAAGAUUGGUGCGACUGUGACCAAAUUCUGGACCACAAAUGUUACACAUGUAAUUGCGGCAACUGAUGCAAAUGGGGCAUGCUCCAGGACAUUGAAAGUUCUCAUGGCUAUUCUAAAUGGACGAUGGGUUCUAAAAUUGGAUUGGGUAAAAGCAUGCAUGGAAGAGAAAAAUCCUGUAGAGGAAGAACCAUAUGAAAUUAAUGUUGAUAACCAAGGGUGUCAAGGUGGCCCAAGGGCUGGCAGACUUAGGGUAUUGGCCAAUGAGCCAAAACUAUUCAGUGGCUUAAAAUUUUAUUUUUCUGGGGAUUAUGUGUCAACUUAUAAGGAAGAUCUUGAAGAAUUAAUUGAAGUGGGUGGAGGUACAGUUUUGAGAAGCAAGGAAGAUUUAGAAGAGCAAAGACAAGAAUGCAAAGUGAAUUCUUCUAAGUUGCUGGUUGUUUACAACCUUGAUCCUCCACAAGGAUGUAAGUUGGGGGAGGAAGUGUCAAUUCUUUGGCAAAGGCUAAACGAUGCAGAGGAUUUAGCUGCUAAUACUUUACAAGUCAUGGGUCACACGUGGAUUCUUGAAUCAAUUGCUGCAUGUAAAUUGCAGCUUUUUGUUAACUAA